AGCGCGCUCCUGGUGCGGCAGCGGCAGAAGCGGCGUCGCCGGUCGGGAUGGCGUCGCCGGGGCCCUCCUUGGCCGCGCCCCCCGCCCCGUCCUUGCCGCCCCUCGUGGCGCCCCCCUCGGCGGCGGCGCGCGGCGCUCUUCCGCUGCGCGUGCCUGCCCUGUGUCUGGUGUGGUACGCCUUGAGCGCGGGCGGGAACGUGGUGAACAAGGUGCUGCUGAGCGCGUUCCCGCGGCCCGUGACAGUCUCGCUCUGCCACGUCCUGGGGCUAGUGGCGCUGCUCCCCCCCCUGCUGCGCGCCUGGCGCGUCCCCGCCGCCGGGCCCGCCCAGCUGCCCCCGCGCGCCUACCCCCGCCUCAUCCUCCCGCUGGCCUUCGGCAAGUACCUGGCCUCCGUCAGCGCCCACGUUUCCCUGUGGCGCGUGCCCGUCUCCUACGCCCACACCGUGAAGGCGACCAUGCCUAUCUGGGUGGUUCUGCUGUCAAGAAUCAUAAUGAAGGAAAAACAGACCAUGAAGGUGUAUUUAUCCCUCAUCCCCAUCAUCGGUGGAGUUCUGCUGGCAACAGUUACGGAGCUGUCGUUUGACACAUGGGGGCUUAUUAGUGCCCUUGCUGCCACUCUCUGUUUCUCCCUUCAGAACAUUUUCUCUAAAAAGGUACUGAGAGACUCGCGUAUACACCACUUGCGGCUGCUGAACAUCCUUGGGUGCCAUGCUGUGUUCUUCAUGAUCCCAACGUGGGUCCUGGUUGAUCUUUCCUCCUUCCUUGUAGAGAAUGAUUUGAGUUCCGUGGCACACUGGCCGUGGACCAUUCUCCUCUUGGCCAUCAGCGGCUUCUGCAACUUUGCCCAGAAUGUCAUUGCCUUCAGUAUUUUGAACCUUAUCAGCCCACUGAGCUACUCUGUUGCAAAUGCCACAAAAAGGAUCACUGUCAUCACAGUCUCCUUGAUCAUGCUGCGUAAUCCAGUGACCACCACCAACGUACUGGGCAUGAUGACGGCCAUCCUUGGGGUGUUCUUGUAUAACAAGACAAAAUACGAUGCAAACCAGGAAGCAAAGAAGCAGUUCCUUCCAAUCACAACAGGCGACCUUGUGAACCUGGAGCGGCACCGGAGCACCCCUGAGAAGUCUCAGAAUGGACUUGCGUCAUUCACACAACGGGGGGACUUUCAGUAUGGCAGGAGCAAUGUUCUGACUGAUUACUUCCAGUAUAGCCGGCAAAACUAUCCAACUGUUUAUAAUUCCAAUCGGUACGAUAUAUAGUGAGGGGCCCGGUCUUGGCAAGCUGGCACAGACUGUUGUCGUAGGGUUCCCUCAGCAUACCUUCUGGGACGUCAAAGGGACGCCUUCGCUGUUUAUAUUGCACAGAGGGGAAGAUCCUUGUGCUAGAAGACUGGAUGGGUGUUUUCCAGCUGAAGUGGAGGGUGUCUCUUUACCAAGCAAUUUGUCAGCAGAAAUGGAGCAAGUUACAUGGGACAUCCUUAGCUGGAAAAGUGGCAGAGACACCAAGAGCCCCAAACUCCAGCUUUUUUCUGUUUUCAUGUGCCCCCGAACCUCUUGUUUGCCAAGAGUGGUAGCCACGUGGCCAGUAUUUCAUCUUGCAACCUCCCCACUCGGGCAUGGAUCUGCACUCUGCCUUGCUGUUUUGUUCAAAAGCUGCUUUCAAGGUGCAGUUUGCAAAGAGCAGCAUUCCUUGUUCUAUGAAGGUUCUUGAUGAAAAGUUAAGAGUUGGUAGCACUUCAGAGAUGGGGCGUGAGUACGUGUGUGUGUCUAAUCUCAUGUAACAUUGCAAGGGGGUGCUGAGAGAGAUCAUUGAUGCUUUCAGUUCAGUGUUGGUUCAGGUGUGUGUGAGAAAGAAUGCUAACUUGUUCAAAAGAAUCAUGUACCAUGUCGUUAAUGUGUGAUGUGGACCUUAAUGACUUUUAUUAUUUCUCUCCCCUCUUCCCCUUUAAAUCAUGAAACCUUUUUAGACACACUCCCCAUUAAAGAUGCACAUUUGGAACAGUGUUUAAGCGUAAAGCCUACUGUUAACAUUUUGCAGUGGUGGAGACCUCAAACACAGGGUAUUUCCUGGAUUUUCCCCAUUUUAUAGGAAGGGGGUGUGCGUGUGUUUUAAAUUACUUUUUGUUAUGAUGUAUUAUAAAACUUUGGCAUUUGUAUUGUAAAUCAGUUUUAUUUGUUUUUAGCAUCUGCUGCUUUGGUUCAAGUUUCUCUUCCUCUGUGUAUUUGGCCUUUUCUUACUCCACACCUGGUCCAAAGUCCUGCUCCUGGAGUUGGAGUGCCCAGCUGUUCUGUGGCACUGUUGUGAAUUUAAGACCUAAUCUGUCCUUUGGUUCACUCUGUUCCUGUAGGAUUUCCCUUCUCUGUUUCUGAGUUUGCUCAGGUAAAGAAGGGAGAUCUAGCUUUAAGAAGGCUGGAAACAAAUACUCUGACUGUAACAAGCCAGUGUGGAUAGGGAGCAAGCUGUUACCUUCUGUCUGAGCUGGUGCCCAGUGCCCCUUAGUUUGUCAGUCUCUUCUUUACUAGAGGUGACUGGAGCUGGAUGUGGCCCUUUGACUGAAAACCGUAGGAGGCUUCUAAAGGAGUGGUUUGGGGCAUUGUCCUGAUUCUGCAUUUCACAUUUCUUUGCCAUCUUUAAUAUUAUGAUAGUGGUCAAAUCUGCUUCAAGUUGUGGUAGUUUGGAGUUGAAAAAAGCUGGGUUGGAUGAUGAAUGGCUGAAAGAACAGCGGGGAGGACAAGAGACCCAAAAGGGUGCAGGUAGAAGAGAGAGAGUGAUGGCCCAAAAUUAUCAGCACCUACUGUCCCUAAUGGACUUCCUUCAGCAUCUUUUCAUGGUACCUGUCAAGAAUCAGGCUCACCUUUCUUCAAUGAUUCUCCUUAACCCUUUCUUUGGCAUGUCAUUUUGCUAGAUAGCCAGGGAUGCUUGGAAUCGCCCUGCUGCCUAGGAGACACGGGGCGGGGGCUGAGAACCUUGUCUCCUGGAGCUGUGUGCGUGUGUGCGCGCGUCCUCUCGUUAGGAGAAAAGCCUGAUCCUUGAACUACUUGCCGUUUCCCCUGUCAGGCUGGCAGAGCAGAGUCCCUUUUCAGAAUCCAGUGAAAAUAUUUCUGAUGUUCGGUGUCAUCUGGCUGUGCAUCGGUCUUGGGAAGGGCUGACCGAGGGAACAGGGUGUGAACCUGCCCAUUUAUACAUGUUAACUGAACAAUCUCUGUGUUGCUAUGUUUGUCGAAGUGAAUGUAUUCGAAACUUGUGCAGUAGAGACAAACUGGAUGUGUGGAAUGAAGAGCUGACUUGUUUAAAAAAAACCCUUCUUUGAUGUUUAAGCCUCAGCAGAGCACAUUGUUUGUAAAUACAAAUCAGUUUUCCUCCUUAAAGUGUAAAGGCCCUGAUUUUAAAAUGCAAAAGCUUAUUACAGAAGUGAAUGGGCUGUGUGGCUAUGUUUGUUUCUCAAGGCCCUUAUUUAUGUUCCACUGUCAUGCAUUCCUUACGCAUCCACUGCCUGGCCUUUGUGGAUGCAGCUGCCGGGAUUGCCCAGUUUGUAUGAGGAUACUUUUGGUAGUUCUGCAGGAAUGAAGAUGGGUUUGGAAAGGCCUGUUGGGGGAAUGGGGUAGGUGAGGUGCACAGGCUCAUGAAUGUUCAAGUAGGCGCUUUUGAGGCAACCAUAGGGCUCGUAUGAUAAGAUACAGAACUUAAAUGGCUUUCUUGGGUGAGCAUCCGGACACACAGUGAAAAUGACUGUUGUCUGGAGUGGGGUGGAUGACUGGGCCCUCAGCCUUCAGCCUCUUCUUCUGGCCAUGGUUCAGAUAUGUUGUGGGGACGUCAGUCUCUGUGCAUGUCAUGAAGUCUUAUCCGUCAUUCUGUCCUCAGUGGGAUCAAAGAGGCAUGCUGAGGGAUGUCAAAUACUAGUCUCCUGGAUCUUGGAGGGACAGCAUCUUUCUAAAUCAUUUGUAAAUUGCAUUGAUGAUUCCCAGGCAAGGAAUAUGUCACUGUGCUAGGUGUGGAUGUACAGAUCAUGUAUGAAUAAAGGUUGCUCUUCCAAGUAGGGUGAACCUUCAGAUUUCGUUUUCAGUGUACAGCAAUUUUUAAAGCCUAGAUGGGUAGUUUGGUGUUGCAGGAGCAACACCAGAGUUGUUCAGAGGCACUACAGAGGUUAGCAACAAAUAUUUUGAGUAGUCUUUGAAGUGCCAUGGAACUCCUGCUUUUGUUUGAAGCCUGCAAACUUGAAAUUGGGUAACACAAGAAGAGUUUAUUGAAAUUAUGCUUUUUAAAUACUGAAAAUAUAAAUAAAGCUGAAUCCUGCAAAAUGAAA